AUGGCGAAUACUACCACCAGAAGAGUAGCUAUCGUUGGGGCUACCGGUACUCUCGGCUCUCGGAUUUCUAGUACCUUGAAAGCCGCUGGCUAUGAGGUGACCGCUGUCCAACGUAAGGAUUCGGGCAAGUCUACACCCGAGGGAUUCAAGAGUGUCAAGGUAGAUUAUGCAAAGAAGGAGGAACUGGUAUUGAUCUUCAAAGGACAAGAUGUUGUCAUCAGUGCCGUUCCCUUCCCGACCCUUGACUCCGAGAAGAUCAUCAUUGAUGCCUGCAUUGCUGCAUCUGUGAAGCGCUUUAUUCCAUCUGAAUUUACAACUAUGAUGGAGUCGCCUUUGGCCAUCAAUCUCCCUGUGGCUAAAGACAAGGUUCUGGUCCGCCAGUACCUUACCUCUGUCAUGGCUAACGCCAAUGGUCCCACUACCUGGACCUCAGUCAACAAUGGCGCCUUCUUGGACAUGACUCUUCCGUACGGCGUUCUGGGGCCCAACAUCAUGACAAAGAAAGCUGUCUUCCACAACGGUGGAGAUAAUAAGAUCGCUGUCUCACUCCUGUCUGAUAUCGCCAUCGCGAUCGUUAAGCUUUUGGAGACUGAUAGCGCCUUUAAUUCCGCCGCCAAUCAGCCUGUAUAUAUCUGCUCCGCUGCCAUCACCGAGCGGCGUAUGACCGAACUAGUUUCUGAGGUCACUGGUAUCGAUUUUGGUACUCCGGAACAAGUUUCAGUCAAGAAACUGAUCGAAGAGUCAGAUGAACGCCUGAAGCAAGGUGACAAGUCUGCUAUCAUCAACUACUAUUUCCAAAUGAUGUAUGAGGAGGGAUAUAAGGGGGGGAGACUUCAUGGAAUUCAACUGGAAUGCACGGCUGGGUCUCAGGAUUAUGUCCGAGCAGGAGCUGAAGAAUACCAUUCAGGAGAUCUUGGGCAAAUUUGUUUGAUAAUUUAUAUGCAAUAG